CAUGUUUAAUGGCACCUCCUUCGGCUUUGUGAACUGUCACCUGACCUCCGGCAAUGAGAAGACCACCAGGUGAGUGGGAAGGCACCUUUAAAUCCUCCUUCUGGCCCUUCCCCUUCAGUCUUCCACAGGCGUACUGGCUCCUCCCCUUCAAUCUUGCACAGAUGUACCGGCUCCUCCCCUUCAGUUUUGCACAGGUGUACCGGCUCCUCCCCUUCAGUCUUGCAAAGGUGUACCGGCUCCUCCCCUUUAGUCUUGCACAGGUGUACCAGCUCCUCCCCUUCAGUCUUGCACAGGUGUACCGGCUCCUCCCCUUCAGUCUUGCACAGGUGUAGCGGCUCCUCCCCUUCGGUCUUGCACAGGUGUACCGGCUAUUCCCCUUCGGUCUUGCACAGGUGUACCGGCUCCUCCCCUUCGGUCUUGCACAGGUGUUCUGGCUCCUCCCCUUCAGUCUUGCACAGGUGUUAUGGCUCCUCCCCUUCAGUCUUGCACAGGUUUUCUGGCUCCUCCCCUUCAGUCUUGCACAGGUGUGCCCACUCCUCCCCUUCAGUCAUGCACAGGUGUACCGGCUCCUCC